UCUGGUUAGAGUUAGUCCACCUGUUUUCGAUACCUAAGCAUACCUAGGUUACUUAGGCGCAGUUCGUAUCGGGGCCUGGAAACAACUAUCUUGGUGCAAGGCGCGAAGCUUGUGAUACAGUUACUUGUUAUUAGUGUAAAAAAAUUAUCAAAUGUAUGUGGUGUAGAGUGCGUGUAAUAGUGUAAUAAUGGAAUCUUCUAAUAAUGGAAAGCCGUCGACGACACAGCGUACAAUGGAGACCGUAGCAUUUCCGCCACGAAAUCGACUUACCGUUCAGGAAGUGUUUGAUUCGCGUACUGACAAGCCGAGGCCCGAUGUACUCAAAGAACACUUUAUAAGGGAAGGUCGGAUCGAUGAAACUGUAGCACUCCGUAUUAUACAAGAUGGCGCGGCCUUAUUACGGUCAGAGAAAACGAUGAUUGAUAUCGAAGCACCGGUUACCGUUUGCGGAGAUAUUCACGGGCAAUUCUACGAUCUUAUGAAGCUGUUCGAGGUAGGCGGUUCGCCGGCCAGCACGAAGUACUUGUUUUUAGGCGACUACGUCGACAGGGGAUAUUUUAGCAUAGAAUGCGUUUUAUAUUUAUGGGCGUUGAAAUUGUGCCAUCCGACAACUUUAUACCUAUUACGAGGCAAUCACGAGUGUCGACACUUAACUGAAUAUUUUACCUUUAAACAAGAAUGCAAAAUCAAAUACUCUGAACGUGUUUACGAUGCGUGUAUGGAUGCGUUCGAUUGUCUACCGUUAGCGGCUUUAAUGAACCAGCAAUUUUUAUGCGUGCAUGGCGGUCUGUCGCCCGAAAUUCAUAAUUUAGAAGAUAUUAGGCGACUGGAUCGAUUCAAAGAGCCUCCUGCCUACGGGCCAAUGUGCGAUCUGCUGUGGUCCGAUCCACUGGAGGAUUUUGGUAAUGAACGCAAUACGGAUCACUUUUUGCAUAACUCGGUUCGUGGAUGUUCAUAUUUUUACAGUUACGCCGCUUGUUGCGACUUUCUACACAACAACAAUUUGUUAUCGAUUAUUAGAGCGCACGAAGCACAGGACGCUGGCUACCGAAUGUAUCGUAAAAGUCAAACGACAGGAUUUCCUUCGCUGAUAACGAUCUUUUCGGCACCGAAUUACCUAGAUGUUUAUAACAAUAAGGCCGCUGUUUUGAAAUAUGAAAAUAACGUUAUGAACAUCAGACAGUUCAAUUGUUCUCCUCAUCCGUAUUGGCUGCCGAAUUUCAUGGACGUGUUCACGUGGUCGUUGCCAUUUGUGGGCGAAAAGGUAACGCAAAUGUUAGUAAACGUUCUGAGCAUAUGCUCGGAUGACGAAUUAAUGCCAGACGGAGAUGAUGCGCUCGAAGCGAACGUCCGCAAGGAGGCGAUACGUAAUAAAAUUCGAGCGAUUGGCAAAAUGGCAAAGGUAUUCUCAGUGUUACGUGAGGAGAGCGAAUCGGUGCUUCAGCUGAAGGGGUUGACCCCGACCGGAGCGCUGCCGCUAGGGGCGUUGUGGGGCGGCAAGACAUCGCUGCGGAACGCUCUGCAAGGUUUCUCGCCGAAUCACAAAAUAACCACGUUUGCGGAAGCGAAAGGCCUGGACGCCAUCAACGAGUGCAUGCCGCCAAGAAAAGACACCCUCAGCCCGUCCGCCUAGAAUCCCAAUCAGAACAGUAUCGGUGCGACGUCACCAGGUCCUGGUCCUAGCAAGUCGGGUACCGGCGGUGGCGCGACUCGAACGACGUCCUAGUGUGUUCGCAGUAUGUGAAACGUCGCCUUGAAAACCGAAUGACUCUUCUUUAAUGGGGCGGUGUUUUUAUCGAAUAAAUUGAAUAAUAAAUAAUAUAUACAUAUAAAUAUAAACUUAAUGAUGUGCCAUUUUUAUUGCAAAAGAUC